GCAAGGCACAACUAACAAAUCGAGACGAUAUUGAGACGACAAGAUGGAUAAUGAGAAGCCGCACAUGAUUAUUGGGGUGGAUUUGGGGAUGACGUGUACAGGAGUCUCCUAUGUAAAUCUAUCCAUCGGUUCCGAGACAGUAAGAUGGGUGCAGAAAUGGCCUGGCCGAUUCCAAGCCAACGAAAACAAAGUUCCUACAGUUGUCGUAUACCCCACGGGCCAGUCUGAACCUUCGUCCUGGGGAUUCCUCUCUGAGACAAUAGCAGAGACAACAGGAGAAGACAAAGAGUACAAAGAAUGGUUCAAGACUUCUUUAGAUCCACGCAAACUCGCCCAGAAGCAGGCUGAAGAUCCGGUAGGAGCCCCGGAGUCCCUCGCAGAAGUCGAGAAAUGGUACGAAGAUUAUCUACGGAAGAUGUACGAAUAUCUUGCCAACAAGCUCUACACUGAGAUAUCAGGGGCUUCAUGGAGAGAUGCGAGGAUAGAGUUCAUAUUUUCGGUCCCUACCACAUGGGCACCUAAUCCGACUGUGGAGAAUUUCAGAUCCAUUGUUGAACGAGCCGGCUUCGGACAGCAUAUUGGCCAUUCUGUCACCAUCGGUUUGACUGAAGCUGAAGCAGCAGCUGUUCAUGUGUCUACAGAAGCCCCUGGAAUCUUUAGGGAGAGAGAUAUCCUCCUCGUCUGUGAUGCUGGGGGUGGAACGACUGAUCUUUCUGUCCUACGAAUCGCAAAUAAUGUCAACCAAUCCAUCUGUCUUGAACAGCUUGAUGUAGUGUUCGGUGAAUCAAUCGGUUCCGCAGCUAUCGAUUACGAAUUCGAGAAACUGGUCAGCGGUCGACUCUCCACGGCUCACAACGCUUCACCUCUACCUAUUGACCCCUCCGAUGCCGCCUGGGAAAUGAUGAAGUCCCGCGACUUCCAGGCUGUUAAGUGCGAAUACGGAUCCCCAGACGAUACACCUCUUUUCUCUAUUGGCAUUCCUCGUGUGCCUCAAUCCUACAACAACCCCGAUGCCCGCAUCAAGAAUGGCGAAAUGACAUUUGCCCGCGAAGAUCUCCAGCAAAUGUUCGACAAGCAGAUUAACAAACUCUUCAAAUUGAUAGAUUCCCAGCUUCAAUCCCUCUAUCAGAAGUUUCCGAAUGAACAAGUCGGCCAUCUGAUUCUCUCUGGCGGUCUUGGAAAUAGCGCUUAUGUGCAGCAAUGCCUUUCGAGCCGCUACGGCGCCACUUCACCAUUGCCAAAACCGAACGCACGCCACAUUCGUGUGCGUAUAGCUCCAGACCCUCAACUCGCCGUGUGCAAAGGCCUCGUAGCCGACCGCGUCCGAAAGCUGUUGACUUCCCACUCUGUUCUCGGAUGGCGGUGCUGCCGGGCCUCCUACGGCACAGUCUGCAAGAUCCUAUAUGACAAGCGAAAUCCAGAGCAUGCCGGAAAGGAGUUGACUAGAGACCCGUUAAACAAUAAAUUGUACAUCACGCAGGCCAUAGCGUGGUUUGUUAGAAAGGGUGAACCAGUGUCAGUCGACCGACCAAUCAUACACAACUUUAUCAAAAAAGUGAGCCCUGGGGAUCCGAGGCGUGCAUUCCCAACGAGCGUUAUAGAAUGUGGGUUGGAGGCCAAGUUCUUGCCAGAUCAAAUGUGUUCGGACACAAGAGUACUUUGCGAAAUCCAGUCAGACCUCACAACUGCUGACGAAAAGAAAUUCACAGAGAAGAAUAGACGCUUCUGGAAGCUCGGAAAGCACUACUUCAGGGUAGAGUACCAGGUUAAAGUCAUCAUCGGGCCAGCUGAUAUCCGAUUUGAGCUUUGGUUCAAUAACCAAAAGCUCUCCCGCGACCAGUCCAUCAAAGUAGAAUGGGUCCCUGCGCCUGCACCAAUUCCCCCAAUGUUUAGCAACAUCGCCGAGUUGCCCGGUCGAUCCGAUACCGGGGAAUUUAAACCUAUUGCAAACGGCACCAAUAAUGGAAAUGGGGAUGGCAUUAGCAAAAGUAUAGGAAAGAUGUCAGAAAACUUGGUCGCUAUGGCUAAGAAUAAGAAAUGGCCUGUGUACGGAUGA